AGUUUCUAAAUUUACCCAAGAUUUCUUGCACAUAUUCUUUGUUUAAAGAAUAUAUUCGGCGACCAUACGACAAAAUGGCAAUACUGCAGAUACGACACAAAUAUUUGACUCUGCUCUUGAAAAUAAUAUUCAUACUUGUCCCCCAUUUUCAAAAAGGCACGAUCACUUAAGUUUCAAGCUAGCAAGACACUAAUCUGUCUGGAGAGACAACUAGUCGAAGGCCCUUUCCAAUUGUUAAACAAAAAUGCCGUUUCUCAUGGUGGUACCCACUUUCAAAACCAAGCCACAUUCAAAGUACUUAUAAGCUUGCAAACCCUUAAGAACCCUCGUUUGCCCUUUAGUGCAAAAGCUACAGAAAAACGCCGAAUAACUCAUAACUGGCGUGACUGGCGGAACUCCGUUAAUUGAAUAGUCCACACUAUCCAGACUGAAAUAGAUGGAUCUAAACCGUCUACUAAUUGCAUUGACAUCUACGAAAAAAAAAACAUUCUGUAAGGAAAACAACAACCAUCUUACAGCUUUUUAUUCAUCUUGAAAUAAGCAAAACUGUCCACACAAAUGAUUUUCUAGCCGACUUACAACGCUUUUUAUUCUUUUUUUCAACAAAGGCCCGAAGCUAAGUUCUCAAUAGGUUGCAGAAAUAUUCAUGUUUUCGUUCAUCGGAUAUCAGCGAUCAGUAUUUUAUAAACCGUUUUUUAAACUGUAAACGGUAUUAAAAAGCGAACCAAAGUAUAACACUGUUUUUGACAGUAUGUUUGAUAAUUUCGCAUUGUGGUCUGUGCUCGUUUUGAAAGGGAUGUCAAAAAUGAGCGAUCCGUGUGUUCUUGCAAACGAAGAGCAUUCCGACGGCGCUGACGACGAAGAGCGCGUCGUUAUAGGUCCUAGUUAUUACCAACUGAGGCCGUUCUACGACACCGAGUUGCACGCGAGCUGCUUUCCAAGCUUGGACGGGAUCGCCAUGCGCGUGAUGUGUGCGUCGGCGUCUGCGCACCAAGACGACGAUGACGUCGUCUUCGUCGGCGAGUACAAGGCCGAUGGCGCGGCGGAACCCAGGCGCCGCAAGACACGGGAUGGACUGCGACGCAACCCGUCGAGGAAGGCGAGGAACGCUUCCAGCGGGCGGUUCGGCAAAGAGCACCUCACUGAGAACGAGUUCGCAUUCUUGGACGAGAGCGAUGACGAACCGGUGGUUUUGAAAAAAACGCGAGUCGCCAGCGCCACCACGCGGCACACGGCGUUAAAGCGCUGGCCCGUCGACGCGUACGACCGGCCGGAAUACGACCCGAAAACUCGUACCGUGGACGGCGUCGAUUCAGCGAUGAGGAACGCGGCGCGGGCGUUCCUCGGCGUCGGGCGGCACGCGAGGGCGGCGCCCAAGAAGCCGCGCCGCAAGUACGUCGCGCGCGGCCGACCGAAAAAGGUCGAGGUCGCGAGAGUUCCGGCCGGCGAACUACUCGAGGUGGUCCGUAACACGUUCCGUGCAGUCGUCGAGUUUUGCACGACGCAGGCGUGCGACGCGGCGUCGUCGACGCUGCUGCGCAACCAGACUACCUUACUUGCCAUCGUUGAGGAUUCGACGGGUUGAAUAAAUAAAAUGUGUGAUUAAUCAUGAUAUUUUUUCGUCGUCGCGUUACCACCCGGCAACGUUGUGGCGAUCCCGCAGCGGACGGGGAAGUGUUAACUUUCAUCGACGUUGCCAUACCGUUGUAUUUAUUCGAUUGAACCGGGAUAUUAUACAAAAUAUUCUCAUUUAUUUUACUGAAACGUGUCUUUCUAUAUGAACACACAUUAACCAGAUAAGUUAAUUCUCAUACUAUAUUAUGAUAAAUCAAUGUAAUAGGAAACAAGUGUUUACGGUGUGUACGAGUUGCGAAAAAAAUAUUAUUUAUAUAUCUGGCAACAUCGCCUAUAUAAGUAACCAACAUUUCAGGUCUUUACCGUAACUCAUUCUCCAUAAACAUCUAAUAUCCACGUAUAUACCCGAACCGAAUUUUACCUGGUAUCUAAAAAUAAGUAAAA